GGUUUUUGAACCUGGUGAUUCCUGGAAUACAACAUAUUAUGGAGUAAAGACCUUGGGCUCUAGACUUGGACUGCCUUGAGUUUGGGUUCUUGCUCCAUUUGUAACUACUGAAUCUGCCAUCAUCUCUUGAGAGUUGUGAAGAAUAAACAAAGGCUGUAAAGUGCUUAGAUCAGGACCUGCCACAUAGUAAGUACAAAUAUAUUGGCUGGUUUUGUCUCUAGUUAGACAUGGCCCCCUCCCUUCUAGGAAUUUAGAUUCAUGUGAGGAAACUAGUGUUACAGCCUCAAAGAAAGUAAGUUGGGUGCUGUAAUAAGGGGGGGUUGGAUAGAAAGACAUACUAUCACAGGGAACAUCUCUGAAGAUGGGAUGUGUUGAGUGAAACCUGAAACAGAAGGAGUCAAUCAAGUGGUGAGAUGGCGAAAGUUCCAACCACGAACUGUGUGUGGCGUGUCCUGCAGUGUGUUGUCAGACAUGGAAAGGAGUUUUGAGUCCAAGUGCUAUGGAGAGUCACCAAGGGCAGGGAAGGGUUUUUAGCAAGGGCCUGAUGUGAUCUGACUUGUGAGCUAAUAUUUUCCCUGGUUGAUUUUUUUCUGGAGAGCUGGCAAGGAAGUUAGGAAACCAGUAUCAUCCAAUUGAGGGGCAAUAACAGACCACCAAUGGUGGUAAGGAUGCAAAAAAGGAAUAGACUUGAAGGUUAUAAAAUAGAUAUUGGUUGGGAAAUAUGAACCAUAUUGAAACAAAUACAAGGUAUUUUGAAGGCAGGACUGGAGAUGGGAUUGGAUGUGAGGGACCAAAGAACCAGAGCUUACUUUCAGGGGUGCCAUGGAUCAACUUCACCGCGCUUGGCAGAGUUUGUGGGUCAUCGGCCCCACUCUACCACAAACUGUAAGCUCCAUUAGGAUAGGGCCCCACCUCUUUGCUCAAUGUUUUUGGUGCCUAGUGCAGAAUCUGCACUUUAAAGUUGGAUGAACGAUAGGUUUAAAUUAAACCAGGGAAAAUUAAAUGCUGGUUUCGUAGAGGAACAUGCCCCCAAGACACACAUUCUAGGCUAGGUAUCCAACCUUGGCCUGGCCUUUCUUCACUCUCUCCCCCUUAUUUGCCUGUCUCCUAGAAGAAUGGCUGCCUCUCCAGCGCAGGAACGCAUCUCAUCAUGGGCAUGGCACAAUUACUGGCCUAGAGUAGGUGCUUGGCAGAUCGAUUUCUGCCUCUGCGCUUUAUAGUGCUAAGAAAGUAACCACUAGGGGGCGAACUGGCACCAGCGAAGAGAGCCUGACGCACUCCUUCACACCGCGGAGGGCGGGGCUCUACGUCACGACCGGCGCCUGCGCCUGCUCCAGCGCUACUCGAGAGGGGUGGGGCUUUGUUUCCGAGUGUGUGCGGGAAUUGCGGCGAGUCCGCGGGGCUUUGACUAAACGUUCGGUUAGCCCCACAAAGAGGCGGAAGUAAACGAGAAGCUCCGGAAGUUGCCCACCCUUAUGCGUUCGCGGGUGGCUCGCGGCGCCGGUUGCCAUGGAGCCGGCCGGGCCCUGUAGUUUCUGCCCCGCCGCGGAGGCCCAGCCAGCACGCUACAUCUGCCCCCGCUGUAACGUGCCCUACUGCUCUCUGCGCUGCUACCGGGCGCAUGGCACCUGCGCCGAAGACUUCUACCGUGACCAGGUGCUGGGAGAACUCCGCGGCCGCAGCGCCUCGCCCAGCCGCCUGGCCGGCGCCCUCCGCCGGCUGCGUGAGCAACGCGAGACCGAGGACGAGCCCGAGGACGCAGGCCUCAGACCUGGACUGGCACCCGACGGCCUCUCCGGACUCUGGGAGCGGCUGGCUCCAGCCGAGAAGGUGGCCUUCGAGCGGCUGCUGAGCCGUGGAGAAGCAGGGCGUCUGCUGCCCCAGUGGCGGCCGUGGUGGUGGGAUCGCAGGGCCGGGCCGCGGCUUCUGGAGGAGCUGGAUGAUUCCCCGGGCUGUGACGCAUCGGAGCUGGAGCUCGCUCCUGCGAGGACAACGCCGGAACCCAUUAAGGAUGCCGCUGCCGCAGUGUCCCAGGCUACCCAGGAGACGGUCCUCGGAGACGCCCCAGGGGCCUGCGCGCCCGCUGUGCCCACCCGGAUCCCCACGCUGGCCAACCUGAGCCGCGGCCGUGUCUCGCCGCUUGUGCGCUUCCAGUUGCCCAACGUGCUAUUCGCCUACGCGCACACUCUUGCUCUGUAUCACGGUGGCGACGACGCGCUGCUCUCCGACUUCUGUGCCACUCUGCUCGGCGUUUCGGGAGCCCUGGGCGCCCAGCAAGUCUUUGCCUCUGCCGAGGAAGCCCUGCAGGCCGCAGCCCACGUGCUGGAAGCGGGCGAGCAUCCACCCGGGCCUCUGGGUACACGGGGUGCCAUGCGUGAGGCUGCCCGCAUCCUGCUGGGCGAGGGCCCGGCCAACCAGAAGGGCUACACGCUGGGAGCCCUGGGACACCUGGUGCAGACCCUGGGCCGGGCCCGAAAACAGUCCAACGCUACCGAAGAGCGAGAUCGCCUCUACCGGGCCCGCAAGAAAUGCCAGUUCCUUCUGGCUUGGACCAAUGAAAAUGAGGCGGCCCUCACAGCCCUGGCUCUUGACUGUGCCAGGGCACACCGAGCCCACGCUGUGGCAGUUGAGGAGGUAGCAGCCCUCACUGGGGAGCUGGAGCAGCUUUGGGGAGGCCCCUUGCCACCUGCCCGGAGGACUCUCAUUGAGGAGCUCCCUAGCUGAACUAGGGACCUCUUGUCAUCAAUAAAGCUGUGACCGAUCUACCCUGUCA